UCUCAUCUCCUUCACGGUGGACCACUGCGUCACACACCACUCUCUCUCCACCGUCAAACUCCAAAACCCAUUCUUCAUUUCUCCCCCAAAAUCUCUCCAAUUCCUUAAAUUGGUUUCACCGUAAACCCAUAAUUCGCACUUUGUCAAUCCGAUCUUGAAGUUCGAAACUCGAGCACGGCUUAACUUGAGGGAUAAUUUCGAGCAAAAGUUGAAGAAUUCGAAACAGCUAAGAUUUUAACGGUGCAUUGAGGAGCCUUGGAGCUUAUUUUCAUCCCCUGGUCUCUUUUUCUUAUGUGGUGGUGCUUGAGAGGCUUUUUGUAUGACAUAAAUGCUCUAGAUCAGAAAAAAAGGUCUAACAUGAAGUUAUCAAACAUUCCGCAACGCUAUGUGAUAGUCUUCUUAACUUUUCUCAGCACCUCCGUGUGUUACAUCGAGCGUGUUGGCUUCUCUAUUGCAUAUACAGUCGCUGCAGAUGCUGCCGGGAUCAACCAGUCAAGCAAAGGAACCAUACUUUCCACAUUCUUUGUUGGCUACGCUUGUUCUCAAGUCCCCGGAGGUUGGGCGGCUCAGAAAAUCGGUGGAAGGAAAGUUCUUCUCUUGUCGUUUGUUUUAUGGUCAUCGACGUGUUUCUUGGUUCCUCUCGAUCCAAACAGAGUCGGGCUCUUGGUUUUUGCACGUUUGCUUGUUGGUGUUGCACAAGGUUUCAUCUUUCCCUCUAUCCACACAGUUUUGGCUCAGUGGGUUCCUCCUCAUGAAAGGUCUAGAUUGGUUUCGAUAACGACCUCGGGGAUGUAUUUAGGUGCUGCUUUAGGAAUGUGGUUGCUCCCUGCUUUAGUUGAGCUUAGAGGUCCUGAAUCAGUUUUCUUAGCAGAGGCAUUAGCUGGUGGUAUAUGGUCAUUGCUUUGGAUUAGGUACGCUACUGACCCACCUCGAUCUGAGCAUCCAAAAGCCGCUGCUGCUGGAUUUGGAGGUGCACUCUUGCCAACUAAUAACGUAAACCACCAUAAAGUUACUCAUAUCCCAUGGAAGAAGAUCAUGCUCAGUUUACCCGUUUGGGCCAUUGUGGUUAACAACUUCACGUUCCAUUACGCUCUGUACGUGUUGAUGAACUGGCUUCCGACCUACUUCGAGCUUGGACUUCAGAUCAGUCUUCAGGGAAUGGAUUCGUCAAAGAUGGUGCCGUACCUCAACAUGUUUGUGUUCUCCAUUGUUGGUGGGUUUAUUGCAGACUAUUUGAUCACCAAGAGAAUACUCUCGGUGACAAGAACACGCAAGUUCUUGAACACGGUUGGGUUUUUGGUUGCUUCAGCGGCGUUGAUGGCUUUGCCUCAGUUUAGAACCUCGAAUGGUGUGAUCUUGUGUUCCUCUGUGGCUCUUGGGUUUCUGGCGUUGGGAAGAGCCGGUUUUGCGGUGAACCAUAUGGACAUUGCUCCGAGAUAUGCAGGGAUUGUGAUGGGUGUUUCGAAUACUGCUGGGACAUUAGCUGGAAUCAUUGGAGUUGAUUUGACAGGAAAGCUUCUUGAGGCAUCUAAACUGGUUUACUCAGAUUUGUCACAUCCAGAGAGCUGGAGAGCUGUGUUCUUCAUUCCGGGUUUGCUCUGUAUCUUUAGCUCCGUUGUGUUUUUGCUGUUUUCUACAGGAGAAAGGAUCUUUGAUUGAGAAAAGGAUCAGACUUUUUUGAUAAACCCUUAUCAAGAUUAGUUAGUUAAGCCUCUACAAUUAGAGAGUUUUUUUUGUGGGAGUUGUUUUGUGUGCAGUAAAGAUCUUGUCCUGGGGCUCAAAUUUGUAUUCUUUUUAUUUGGUGAAUAAACUUGAAUCACACCAAGAGUAUUAUUAGUUCGUUUCUAAAUACACUCUGAAUAAAACUUAAAAAUUGUAAUCUU